AUGAACAGGCCUUUCCAGUUUAUUGGGCUUGAGUCAUGGAGCCUAAUUCCGAUCACGAUGGUGGGACUAAGCUAUCCUGAUGGGAUCAGUCAAGGCGGGUACUUCAACACGAGACUAGGAAGUAGUACACAAUAG